AUGCAGGCCGGAUGGGGGUGGGCUCCUCUGGUGGGGGUGGGGGCAGUGGUGCUUCGGAGCUUGACUUACGUGCUCUUUGGUUACAUCAUCUUGCAGGCAAUCGCGUAUUCUGCCAUUUCGCCUAUCAUCAAUGGUCUUUCGGCAGUGACGUUCUUCCUGUUUUACGUGCUCUGGAAGUACCGCCUGCUGUGGCAGCCAGCCAGCUGCGAACAAGUGAGAUGGAAGGCCAGUUCUUCCCCAAAUGCGAUGCAGCAUGUGUUCAUCAGGUUGUACAUGGAGGGGAUCUGUCUCAUGGCAUUGUUCUUCCUGGCUCAGGACAGGAACAAACAGUCUAGUGCAAUUCCGGAGGGAGCAUUGACGAUGAUGCUGACAGCAUUCACAGCGUUCUUCCACGUGAUAAUCAACAACUCGUAUGGACCGCUGAUUGACUGCUUCUUACUCACACUCACAAAUCAUGAUCGAUAUAAUGAGUCAGUGAUGAGCGCCGUGGAACCCAUUCAGGUGGAGAAACAGCAGAACCCAAACAUGAAGAUGCAUGUGCGCCCUGGUCCAGAAAGCUGCAGUCUCAUCGAUAGCAAGGGAAAGGCACAGAACACCGAAGACAUUGAGCGUGAUUACAAUGACGAUGACGUGAGGCAAAGUGACAAAGACAAUGCCGUGGUGCGGAAGAGUAUCCUCAGUUUGGAUGAAGAGGUGGACCCGAAGGAUUUUUACCACCCAGCGAGCGUCGAGCCAUAA